AUGACCGAUGACCUCUUGUCCACACUCCGCGAUGACGCUAAACACCUCUUCUGGCAUGGCUUCGACAACUACAUGAACCAUGCCUUUCCCGAGGACGAAUUGAAGCCCAUCUCUUGCCAACCACAGACGCGGAAUCGCGACGAUCCGACAGAUAUAGGCCUGAAUGAUGUCUUGGGCAACUACAGUGUCACAUUGAUUGACUCGCUGUCGACACUGGCGAUCCUCGCGAGCGAUGACAACCCGAAGCACGCCAGGCAAGCCCUCACCGGCUUUCAGAAUGGGGUCAGAGCGCUUGUGGAGCUGUACGGUGACGGCACGGAGGGAGGCCGCUGCGGGAAACGAGCCUGCGGCUUUGAUCUGGACAGCAAGGUGCAAGUCUUCGAAACCACCAUCCGCGGCGUCGGUGGGUUGCUAAGCGCGCAUCUCUUCGCUAUUGGCGAGCUUCCCAUCACCGGUUACACUCCGGCAUGGACGACAGACAAGCACGGCAAUGCUACCAUCCCCUGGCCCGCUGGAUUUAGAUACAGCAACCAGCUUCUUGCUUUGGCUCACGACCUCGCUUCCCGCCUCCUCCCCGCCUUCACCACACCAACUGGCCUCCCGUACCCUCGCGUCAACCUCCGUCACGGCAUCCCUUUCUACCGUGACGCCGAAGAAGGCGUCUGCCGCCUGGACGGCACCUCAUCCAAUCCGCGCGACAUCACCGAGACCUGCUCCGCGGGCGCCGGCAGCCUUGUGCUCGAGUUCAGCACCCUCAGCCGUCUGACGGGCGACACCCGCUUCGAGCACCUCGCCAAAACCGCCUUCUGGGCCGUCUGGAACCGGCGCAGCGCCGUAGGCUUAAUCGGCGGCGGUAUUGACGCCGAAAGCGGGCAGUGGACCAUGCCGCCACUCGCGGGCAUCGGAGCGGGCAUCGACAGCUUCUUCGAGUACGCCCUCAAAUCCUCCAUCCUCCUGUCCGGUCUCCCCUUCGACACAAACAACACCGCUCUCCACGGCCCCUCCAGCUUUCUGCAAGCGUGGACAGAAGCACACUCGAGUAUAAAACGCCACGUCUACCGCUCUUCCGGCAUCGAAAAGCACCCUUACUACGCUCCCACCGACCUCUUGACGGGCGCGCCAAGGUAUACCUGGAUCGACAACCUCUCCGCCUACUACCCCGGCCUCUUAGUCCUAGCAGGCGAACUAGAAGAAGCCAUCGAAUCCCACCUCCUCUACGCCGCACUCUGGACGCGCUACUCCGCUUUGCCAGAACGCUGGAUGGCGCACAACUCCUUCAUCGACCCUUCCUUCAAGCACUGGGCCGGCCGACCAGAAUUCAUCGAAUCAACAUACUAUCUCUACCAAGCCACGCGGGAUCCGUGGUAUCUCCACGUGGGCGAGAUGGCGCUGAGGGAUAUCCGACGACGAUGUUGGACUAAAUGCGGUUGGGCUGAUUUGGGCGACGUAACGAGUGGCGAGCAGAGGGAUCGGAUGGAGAGUUUCUUCUUGGGGGAGACGGCCAAGUAUCUUUACCUUCUUUUCACGCCGGGGCAUCCGCUGAACCGCGGCGAUCGACCAGUAGUCUUCACGACAGAAGGGCAUCCGCUCGUCAUCCCGGACGCUCUCCGGCAGGCUUCUUCCUCGGACGGCAUCACACUGCAUUCCGACGCCGUCGCGCCGACUUGUCCAUCUCCCUCCCCGCCACUGCCGCUUACGGUGAGCAAUGUGGCGAACCGAGCAGAUCUAUUCCACGCUGCCGCCCUCGCCCAACUCCACCUCGUCCCCGUCACCGCCACCCGCUCCUCCCCUCUCCUCGAAACCUCCCCGCACAGCCCCGGAAUCUCCCUCGCCGACGUCCGAAGCCCGACUAACUACACUUUCUACCCCUGGACUCUCCCCGCGAACCUCAUUCCCCCGGGGGGAGUCAGUAGCGCGAUGCAAGAGGCGAAAAUCAGCACCCUCACCUUCCCCAACUUGAGUCCGGCGGAUGACGUGGUGGCGGCGAAGGGAUUGGUGCCGCUGGGCGCAUUGAGGAAGGUGGCGGAGGGGGUGGUGGUUAGUAGUCUGUCGAAUGUGCGGUUGAGUAUGGUGCAGCAUGGCGGUGGAGGGAGUGGUGGCGUGGCGGGAGUGGAGGGGUUUGUAGUUGGUGCUGGCGCUGGUGCGGAGUAUAGGAUCCAGGGGAUUGCUAAUUGGGCGUUGGGGAGGGAUGAGAAGGUGUUGAUUAGUGGGGAGGCGUUGAGGGGGGUUGCGGUGGGGGAUGAGCGGUUUCGGAGGGAUUUGGAGGGGGUGUUUGCCCAUCUCCUCGCUGCUGCGAGUCCGGGGUAUAGCGGUAUGGCUCGACCUACCGCGGCGCCAGCGGCACCAGCAGCAGCAUCAUCAGCAGCGGGAUCAUCAGCAGCGACACCGAAGCAGCAACAGCAACAGCAACAGCAAGAGACACAGCAACCGCAAGGCCAACCGCAGCAGAAAUUCACCCGCCACCUCAUCCCCGCCAUCCUCCCCACAGGCCCGGGCGCGGCACCACUGCCCUCCUUCUUCUACCCCACCAUCGACCCCUCCAACGUCGACCCGGAAGCGGAUCCCCUCACCCUCCCCCCCGGCUCCCUCUCACACCCCACAAUCUUCUACCUAGACAGCACGCUCUGCUCCCACCGCCUCCCCGCCGCCAUCACGAAAAACUACAACAUCCUCGUCAUCAAACGCGGGGAGUGCAGCUUCGGCGACAAACUGGCGAAUAUCCCUUCUUCCGCCCCGAGUGCGACGGGGUUGCAGCUCGUGGUCAUUCUGUCGGUGCCGGAGGCUCUAACGGAAGGUGAACGGGCUGGUAGGGAAGGUGGGGAUGGUGAUGGCGAUGGUGGUGGGAAUGGGAGUGGGAGUGGACUGAUCAGGCCCUUGCUUGAGCACGUUCAGAAGACUAGGAGUGGGUUUGAGCGGAGGUGGCCGUUGGGCAUGGUCAUGGUUGAGGGGAGUGAGGGGAACGUGCGGGUUUUCCGCGCGGCGGCGGCGGCGGUGGGGGUUGUUGAUGUGGGGGGCGGGGUUGAUGUUGUUGCGCCGAAGACGGGGAGGGAGAGGGAGAUGGGGGAGGUGGCGGAUUCAUGGGGGGAUGCUGGGGGGAAGGGAGGAGAGGGAGGAGAGGAGCUGAGGGCCGGGUUUGCGGUGAAGAGACGGUAUUGGUUUGAGAGUAUGGGCGUGCCGAUUGGGAAUCUGAUCAUGCUUUGA